AUGGACAACCAGCCCUGGGCGGCCAAUGCCCAGCAACUAUACAGAACUACGGUGUUGGAGGCAUCCUCAAGAACGACCUUUUGGGGGCCCACGUCCAAUUUCGGCGGCAAUCCGAGCGAUCUCCAUAGCGGAGAGAAGCAGCCUGGCUCUAAUGCGCCUAGACCUACGUUGAAUCAAUCGUCUGUUCAACGUCGGAAUGGGCUGGACCGAAACGUGCUGGACCUCGAUCCCAACGUCAAGAGUCACUUGUUCGACAUCUACCUAAAGCACAUCCAGCCCUUUUUCCCCGUUAUUUCUUCCUACUCGAUCCAGGCCUAUCCGCCCACGCCUUUGCUGGAAGCUGUGAUAUGCGCGGUUGCAGCUAAACAUCGGCUGGCUAUUGCGUCAUGGAGAGAUUUGGAAUACACUAGACGCUUCAUUCAGGAACAAAUCUCCCAAAUGUUCAGCUUACGAGCCAAAUACGAGCCUAAAAUCCAGACUGUACAGGCCUUGGUCAUCGCCUGUGCCAGAUUUGAGAUUCUAAAUAAAGACUACACCGACUUUCUCAACGUGGCUAUCACCAUGGCACUCAUGUGCAAAAUGGCACAAGACCUCAAACUUGAUGAAUCUCUCAGAGCCAACGAGGAUACAGAUGACACCAAGUUUCGACGACAGCUCUGGAAAUCCUGCAUGUUUAUGGACGUGCUCAAGGCUGCGACAUAUGGACACGCUCCCAACCUGCACCAGGACUACUGGAUCGGCCUGGACCGCUCUCUUCUCCGCAGACGGGAGACUGGAGCUUUGUCUCCCUCUGACAUUGCAUUCGACGACUUUGUAGCCUUGGCAUGCCACCUCGAAAGAAUUAUCAGAAGCUUGUACAUCACACAACGCUCUGAAACGAGCAAGCUUCUGGGGCAGAUUACGUCAAUCUUCCAUCUCCUCGAUCGCUGUCAGAAGCUUGUCAGCUCACAUCUUCACCUAUACGACCAUGACACUUCACGAGCGCUGCAAAUGUAUGUGCACAAUAACCGGCUCCUCAUUGUGCUUGGGGUAAAGCUCUCUGAGCUUGGAGAAGGCCCGGCUGUAUCUGAGCUGAAGGGAAUUAUGGAACAGCAGCGCGAACUUGUAGUUCAUGAAGCUAUUCAGACGUUGUCCUGGUUGGACGGGGAACUGACACAUUCGCCGUUCACAGAGAUGGGAUUCAUCCUCUACUUCGUCUCGAGGGCCUUGCUCGUAGUUGUGAGCCAGCUUAACACGCUCGGCACGACAUCAGCCCAGUCCAGCCCGCUGGUUUCGAAAUUACUCGAAGCCACCGAGUCGGGGAGGAGUUUUUCCGAUAAACUUCUGGAGUUGAAUCGGUGGGGUGUAGAAUGGUACCAGGCGCACACGAUUCGUGGUAUUCUUGGCCGCAUCAAUGUGGAGAGUCGAGCGCCCGUGGAGGAUGAGAGCCAACAGGUGCCUCAAGAAGUGGAACCAAACUUUGAUGAAUUAUCGAUGGACAAUAUGUGGGCGACGGAGGAUUGGGAAGCUCUUGUGGAAUCUUGCGGGUUUGAUGCUUGGAUAUUUCCAAAUUUUGAAAGCACCCUAUGA